GCGUCAAUUCAAAAUUUUGACGGUUACGAAUACAAUUCAAACUUCGUUUCUGUUUACGAUAAUUUUAAACGGUGCCAAUUUAAUUAAAGAGAGGACGCCCAGGGUUUUGUGACCAGAAAUUUUUUAUUUGAUGUGAGGAUAUAACGUUGGUUACAGCAAGUGUGGAAAUUAUUUCCAUGAUAAGGAUUUCGUGUGAGGCCGUUGAAAAUGGUUAAAAUAGAAAAGGGUCCCGUUUCCUACGGGUCAAAAGGUUCCACGGCCGCGCUAGUGCCUUCGAAGAGCGGUUCGACGCAGAACAUGGCAGCGAACAUCAAAGUAGUGGUCAGGGUGCGUCCACUUAACGACAAGGAGAUGCAACAGAACAGUCGCGUCGUCGUUGAUGUGGUUGACGAUAGCAUGCUCGUUUUCGACCCUAAGGAGGAGAUGAGACCUUUCUUCUACCAGGGAGUGCAACAGCCGAACAAAAAUUUCCUAAAGCGCGCUAAUAAGGAGUUGAAAUUUGUGUUUGACCAUGUCUGUGGGCAGACAGCGACUAACAAGGAUGUGUUUGAGACCACUACGAAGGACAUGUUGUCGGCUCUCAUGGAAGGGUACAAUUGCUCAGUUUUUGUGUAUGGAGCCACAGGGGCAGGCAAGACUUUCACAAUGAUUGGCAGCAAUGAGCAUCCCGGCAUCACAUACUUGACUAUGGAGCACUUGUUCUACACAAUCAACUCUUUUGAAAAGGAGCGAGAGUUUGAUAUUGGUGUUUCUUACAUUGAGGUGUAUAAUGAAAAUGUGUAUGACCUGCUUAAACCAUCAAACACUCCUCUGCAACUGCGAGAAGAUUCCAAGUAUGGAGUGAUGGUUGCAGGACUAACACUGAACAAUAUAAAGACAGCCAGGGAACUCCUCAACAUGUUGGAAAAUGGGAACAAGAACAGAACUCAGCAUCCCACCGAUGCCAAUGCAGAAAGCUCCAGGAGUCAUGCAGUUUUCCAGGUGUAUGUAAAAAUGCGCUACAAAACCAGCAGUCAGCUGCGUCUUGUGAAGUUAUCUAUGAUAGACCUGGCGGGCAGCGAGCGCGCCUCCGCCACCGGCUGUAUCGGCGACCGGUUUAAAGAGGGCGCCAACAUCAACAAGAGCCUGUUGUCUCUCGGCAACUGCAUCAAUAAACUCGCUGACGGCAGCAGUUAUAUACCUUACAGAGAUUCAAAAUUAACUCGGCUGUUAAAAGACAGCCUGGGCGGCAACUGCAAGACGGUAAUGAUCGCAAACGUCUCGCCCUCCAGCCUGAGUUACGAGGACACGUACAACACGCUCAAAUACGCCGCUAGAGCUAACAAGAUUCAGCUCAGUAUUAAGAAGAAUAUCGUUGAUGGCGACAUGCGACUUUCACAAUACGUGAAAAUAAACGAGGAACUCAAGAAGAAGGUGAAAGAAUUGGAAGCCAAGCUCUCCCUGUCGAAUGUGAAGCCUGUUGUUCAAAGGGAACCUGAUUUGGUGAAGGAGAAAGCACGGCGCGAGUGGCGGCGGCGCAUCGGCGAGGAGGAGGCGUUGUACGCGGCGCUGCAGAGUGCGGUGUUGCGGCUGCAGUGCCAGCAGCGCGUGUUAUCGCUGCGGCAGCGGCUGCGCACGCGCGCCUUUUCGCACGUCGCUGACCUCGCGCACCGCUCCUCCUGCGAGGCGAUGGAACUGAUGUGCACGGAAGAAAUACCGAGGCAAGAACGCGCGGCUGAGAGUUAUAUGAAACAAUCAGUAAAUCUGGACUCUAGUAUUUUAACCGCGUGGACCAAAUGGGAGGAAAGCAAAAAGCGAUUGGAUAUCAUUUGUGAGCAAGCUCUAUCCGACUGCCCGGAACUGUCAGACUUUGUGGAAAAUGUCCAUCUAAAGAGUGAACUGCGACAAGUCAAAGCAAGUAACGACCUCCGACUCAAGUUACUCUCGAUAGAAAAUAACGAAAUCAACGCGUUCACAGAAUAUAUGAGCGACAUGCCUAGUAUGCUUAAGAAAUUGUACCUGACGCUUAAAGGUUAUGACAAAGCCCCGCCAGCCUUGACUGCCGAGUAUUUGGAGAUUAUGAAGAAAGCGAAAGCGGCAAAGAGCAUCUCGUGGUCCGACAAAGACUGCGAAGAUGACGCGCAUUACAAAUUCAUAUCUACAUUGGACUUGGAGAAACCAUCGACAACCAUAGAUUGCAGUAAUAAAGACGACAAUAUAAACGUUACUAUUGACAUAGUGACGGAUAGUGACGAUGUUACUGACAUUGAAAACCGUGAACCGGUAAAAAUAUCUCCAAAGAAACGCAAGGGGACACCCAUGAAACUGCUCAAUAAUGAGACUAUAAUAAUAAACGACUCUUUCGAAAGCAUGGACACGACAAGAAAUCUAAAUUCAGCAAAAAAAUUGAAAAAGGAGUAUGACCCAUCUGUUGAUAUUGAAAAUUAUGGUGUUUUGGACGCGAAAGAUUUGAAUUCAACCUUUGUUUUGGCGGGAAAAAUGGAUGCUUUGAAGAAAUUUCCCAUCAAAGUGGAAGUGAAAAGUGAGAAUCAACCUGUCAAACGAGGUUUGGUCGACAGGACGAACACAAUGCAGAGAACUGUUGUCUUUAACGACAAAGCUAAACCAGUGAAGCCAGUGGUGGGCAAGGCGGUGCCGUUCCGCCGGCCCGCGCCGCCGCCCGCGCACGCGCCGCCGCCCGCGCACGCGCCGCGCGGCGCCGGCUUCGGCUCCAGCUUGUCGCGGGACGGCACGCCGUUCCAAAGGAACGUACAAGACUCGGUGGGUCGUACGAAGAAUAAUGUCACUCAAAAAUCAGUCGGUUUUAAAGCGGUACGCGCGAGGGAAAGAGUCCAAAACCACCCGUACUCCAGGCCACCGCCGAUCAACUCAAGGAGAUGAUAAAGACCAACGAAAACAGCUGCUAUAGAAGAACUAGAUAAGUUUUGUAUAAUAUUAACGAUUUGAGGUGAAUACAUGUAAAUUUAAUUAUUCCGGGAAAGGUUAUUUUGGUCCUAUAAGCUUUUGUGAAAAGUCCAAUAAUAUUGUGUGAACAAUGCAAGACAGUAAUUUCGGUCGCCUUUUUACCUAAGUGACUGCAACAUUAUUUGUUGUUAUUUAAAGAUUCGCUGAGCGAAUCUUCUUUAUGACAAAUAGUAACAAUAACAAAUAGUAUGGAUAAUUAUGGACCUUUCUUAUGUCAUAACUACAGAUCAUAUUUGCCGACUUCCUUAGCUAAAAGUUCAUUUAAUUAUUAAUAACAUAAUAGCAUAGUAUGUUAUGCUUUUUAUGUUAUUUCAAAGACAAUUUUAGGUAAGGAACGAAGCAGGUUUUUGAUGGUAUCCGAUAAGCCUCGUGUAUGCGUUGACUUAUUUUUUGAAUUAAUACAUUUUUAGUGUCUCAACAUUGACUGAUAAGGCAAAACCUGGACACCAGAAUCCACUGUUGCGACUCUGUUUAUUAAUGCUUGUAUUUUUAUUACCUUACAAUUUACAUACAUUUGGCGUAAUAAUAAUUCGUGUAACACUCAGCAACGAAAGCGCUAAAAGUGCCAAACAUUUGAUCAAAACCUUUCGUAAAUACUCUAUUAUUGUGUGUAAAUUCGAGAAGUUUCGAUAAUUUUGUAACUAUGAAUGGUUUAGUUGUUUGUGUUGAAAACGUUUUAAUACGUGACCUCGUAUGAUAUUAUGUUUCGGCACAUGUUUGUUAACUCGUUAAGUUUCGCCAUGACUGUUUGGGAAUAAAUAAAAACUAUAGCUAAAUAAAUAAUAAUUUACUGGCUUCAUGUUUAUUUGGCUUUACUAUUCUGCUUCUGUCAUGUUACCAUCUGUUAUAUCUGAAAAUGAAUAAAAGAUAUUUUAAAAGUAUGAGGGCUUUUAAAGAAAAUCUCAGAUUUAAUUGGGUAGUUAGAAUUUAUAUGCCCAUUUUAAGAACUUUAUGAAAUGUUCAUUACGCGAAAUAGCAAAUGAAGUUUGAAUAACAUAUUGUAUAAUAGUAAUAUCAAAACUAAUAAAGCAAGCAGCAACAGAUACGCUUUAACCAUAAUAUAAGUAUGGACAAUAUUUUAAAAUAAAAUUGGAUGCCGAAGUUUUUUGCACGGAAGUGUAGGAAAUACAUGGUGCAACGGAUAGACUAGGUGAAGAGACCACAAAAUGAAAAUAACAUUACGGUAAGAUAAUUACAUCGUCUUGGUGUCAUUGGCAUGUCUAUUGUCAGAACUAAGAUUGAUAUAAAAGCUUUAAUAAUAACAUUAGUUUUAAAAUCUAAUAUUAAAAUUAAAUUACGAUUAAUACAAAAUCCCUUUAAGGGUCUAUAUUUAAUAAAGUGUACAUAUAACAAAAAAAAGUAAUAUAAAUAUUGCCUAAGUUUUGAUGAACGAUGUUUGAGAAUUAAUUUUAGUUUUAUAUAAGUGCAGUUUUAUAAGGAUAGAGGAUUUCUGUAAUUUAAUUAAUUUGUAAAACAUUGUAUUUAUUUUUUAAUUAUAAUUGGUAAGACGUUUUGAUGUUUUUAAAUGAUUUAUUACUUUAGUAUUAUGAAUGUUUUUUCUACGAAAAUGCGUGUUAAAGGCACAAAAUAAUAACGAUAUUUUAAAUUGAAAAAAGAUAUCAAGGGUGUUGGACGAUUCUACUAUUAUAUAUAACGUCUUCGAGAUGUUUGCAUUUGACGUAAAGUAAGUAUAAUCUUAUUAGAUUUUAAAACUAUAUACUGUUGAUUCCAUGUUUAAGAGAAAAAGGAUUAUUGAUGUAAUAUCUUUUCUUUUUAAUUGACUUAAAAUAUGUAACAUAAUAUUAAGUUUGUUUGUGCCCUUAGCACGAAUAUUUGCGUAAUACUAUUCGUAAAGUUUUAUUAUGCUUUAAGUAAAUUUCUGUAUGGGAAUUUGAAUGGGCGUAUUUGGAACGAAUAUUUUACAGCGAGAAUAUUGUGCGCGCAUUAACUUGGAAUAGUAUUCAUACCAUGACAACAGUAAACUCAGUAUAGAAAUCUGUAGCACGAAUAUUUUUGAUGUAUAUUAUUGUUAAACAACUAUAAAAGAAUACUUAAACGUUGACGUUAACAUUAUAAUCAGUCACAUGAAGUCUACUGCUGAACGUAGACUUAACUAAAUAUUUCCAGACGGAGUUAUUAAAAGCGGCUCGCAUCCAGAGUUAUUUUGUUACGUAUGUUUUGCGCAAUUCUUUGUUAUUCGUGCUAAAGGUAUCAAUUUGAUUUAACCUUUCUUGGUCCAGUAACAAAAGCUUACGUGUAUCUUAAUACAAAUAGAAAUUUCAUUAAUAAUAUUUUUGCUUCUUUAGUUUUGUUAAUGUAUAAAUAUUGUGGUUUUUUAUUAGUUUUUGGAGUUUUAAAUACGGUGAAUUAUGUAUGACGAUAUUUUCUUAGAUUGGCCGUGUUAUGUAGUCACGGACUUUCUAUAUUUCUUUUUCAAGCGAGUGAAAUAUUUUACAUUAAUUUAACUUUAGUAUUUUCAUAAUCCCUUAACUAUUAGCAAAUAUGGAGACUUUUCUCAUAGUGCUAAAAUGUGUAUACAAUUUGAAUAACUUAGAUAUAGACUCGUAAUUAUGACUGAUGUAUUUUUAAGUUUGUAUGAUUGUGUGAUGAAAUUUUAUAGAAUAAAUUGUGGUUUAUA